AUGGCUUUGCUGCUUGGUCUGGCUAAGUGCAGUCCUCAGCACAAACGACUUAGUAAUUUCGACCUGCUCAUCUUUGGCUUGGGAUCUGAUGAUACCACAACUCUGAUUGGCCUGUUGAAGACGGCUCGGCUCCUCCGUCUGGUUCGUGUGGCGAGAAAACUGGACCGUUACUCUGAAUACGGAGCGGCCGUUCUCAUGCUCCUCAUGUGUAUAUUCGCUCUCAUCGCCCACUGGCUCGCCUGCAUCUGGUACGCCAUUGGAAAUGUGGAGAAAUCCUACCUGGAGCAUAAGAUCGGCUGGCUGGACAAUCUGGAGGUGUCUAUUGGGAAAAGAUCCAACACUAGUGACCCCGGCUCAGGACCGUCCAUAAAGGAUAAAUAUGUGACGGCGCUGUACUUCACCUUCAGCUCGCUGACCAGCGUGGGUUUCGGAAACGUGUCGCCAAACACCAACUCUGAGAAGAUCUUCUCCAUCUGUGUCAUGCUGAUCGGAUCUUUGAUGUAUGCCAGUAUUUUCGGGAAUGUUUCGGCCAUCAUCCAGCGUCUGUAUUCGGGAACGGCGCGCUACCACAUGCAGAUGUUGAGAGUCAAAGAGUUCAUCCGUUUCCACCAGAUCCCGAACCCGCUUCGGCAGAGACUGGAGGAAUAUUUCCAGCAUUCCUGGACCUACACCAACGGCAUCGACAUGAACAUGGUCUUAAAGGGUUUUCCGGAGUGUCUGCAAGCUGAUAUCUGUCUCCACCUGAACGACAGUCUCCUGCAGGGCUGUAAGGCGUUCAGAGGAGCGACUCAAGGCUGUCUGCGAGCUCUCGCCAUCCGCUUUAAAAACACACACGCUCCUCCAGGAGACACACUCGUGCACUGCGGGGACGUCCUCACCGCGCUCUACUUUCUGUCUCGAGGAUCAAUCGAAAUCCUUAAGGACGACAUAGUGGUGGCCAUUCUGGGUAAGAAUGAUAUAUUUGGAGAGAUGAUCCACCUGUAUGCGAAGCCCGGUAAGUCAAACGCAGACGUGCGAGCACUCAGUUACUGCGACCUGCACACCAUCCAGAGAGAGGAGCUGCUGGAGGUGCUGGACAUGUACCCCGAGUUCGCUGAUUAUUUCCUUACAAACCUGGAGCUUACCUUUAACCUGCGGGACGACAACACUAAGGCCACCUAUUCACAGAGCAGUGAUUCAGAUGGAGAGGAAAACAAGAGUCGCAGGAAGAUCUCCGUUAAGAGGAAAUCAUCACAGGGAGGAAGCCUGAGAGAAGCAGACAGUGAGAGCCGGAGGGAGCGUCGGGAGUCCCGUCUCAGUUCUAAGAGAAGCUCAGAGGAGCGUUCGGCCUCUAGAGACGAGCAGCAGAGGAUCCUGGGAGCUGCCAUCAUGGAGGAUCCACCUGUUCAGAGCUGCUGCAGUCCUGCCUGUGAAGACAAGGACAAACGCACAUACGAUGAUCUGCAGGCUGGCAGAUGGCUGUCUGAGAGUGUAAAAGCAGACACACAGGAGCGGUGCUGCGCUGAGGAGGAGGAUCUGGACUGUGAAAUCACAUAUGGAGAAGUGGAGAACAGACUGGACCAGCUGCAGGAACACCUGAGCAGGUUGGAGUACCAGAUGACGUCAGAUAUUCAGAGUAUCCUGACGCUGCUGCAGAGACAGACGUGUUUAGGACCUCCGGCCUACAGCAGCCUGACAGCCGAAUACAAGAGACCUGCUAUCAGAAUCCAACCAAGUGCUUCCGAGACACACACCCCACCACAGAACGCUGAGUUUCUGGCCAUGACACGCAUCCAUCCAAACUCGACAGACUCUUCAUCAGGCCCGAAUCUCAUUAACUCAAACCCAAACCAGAUCCACGGGACACCAUCAUCAACACAGGACUUGACAAACAGGCAGACUCUUCCUCUGGGAAGACAGACCUCCAAACCCCUGCUGCGGCUGUCACCUCCAUCUGAACCCGGACCACCCGACCAGCAGCACUGAGAGCAAAACAACUCAACAUUCACUGUCAAAAAAUAUCUGCUCAUUAACUGCUUCCAUAUUUUGCGAUUCACAAGUGUUUAUUUACGGUUGUGAAUUGCAUUAUGGGAUGCUGAUCUCUGCUCUGUCCACUUUUAAUGUUGAAAAUUCAACUCUACAGUUUAACAAAGUGACUUUUAUUGACAUUUUAGUAGGUUGAAAUCAUAUAAGAGAUCAUAUAUAGAGAAAUAAGUCUUUAAAAUAACAGAAAAUGUGCUGGCAGUUUA